CGACUGUUGCAAUCGCAAAGCGUCACAAAAAUAACAAUUCGCAAUAUCUGUUUGAUUAGACACCCACAUCAUAUAUCCGUUCGAUGAGACUAUGGCGAUAAAGCGGUGCAUCUGCAUAUCACAGGAACGGUGACGGUAUAUCCUUUCGAUUAGUCCUUGGUUUAUGAUAAUCAAAGUGUUACAAAUUGUCACCCAUACGUUUCGCAAUAUCUUUUUGAUUAGACGCUGACGUUAUAUAUCAGUUCGAUGAGACCGUGGCGAUACAGUGGUGCAUAUCGCGGGAAAGUUUCCGAUUUGAACGGUAUAAAUACAUCGUUAAAACGUACGAGACCUGUCAAAGUCAUACAGAAUUUCAAAGUGCGCGGUUUCAAGUUGUAAAAGUAUUGAAGCGUCGUCUGUUCACACAUAAUGGAUCAACUACAUGACUUAAUGGUCCUGACAGAUGCUCUGAACACCACUGUGACGGAGUUCACCGAAAACGUGGAAACUCUAUCGGGAAUGGUGCGAGAGAUAUAUAAGGAUCUCGAACGUUUGGAAACGACCAUGCCCAAGUUCGUGACAUUAGAGGUGCACAUACGAGUGCACGACACGAUGUUUGCAACAUUAAAACAAAUAUUUACCUUUAUCAAGGAAAUGAAUAUGCCCUUGAAAGACUAUGUACGACGAUUAUCUGAUGUGCGUGGGGAUAUGAAUGAAACAAGAGUGAAGAAGGCAAAGCCAAGUGGAUCUGUAUGAAAGAGAGAG